CACUGACCUCUGUAUGGACAGUGCUGAUUGACCUUGUGCUGGUCACAUGCACUCUCCCAAGGAAAAAAAAAAAAACCUCACUAUAAAUACACACUGAACUGAGCAUGUGCAGAAUGGCUAAGGUUCAGUUAUGUCUUAUCUGAAGAUGAGAGAGGUGAACACUGGAAGAAGGGAAGGAUCAGAGAAGUCAGGAUCAAACAGCCUUUUUACGCAAUGCAGAGGGAUUAACCCCUUAUGUUCCACAGUGAGUAUAACAAGCAUGCUUUACUGCAUAUACAGUCUGAUUUUACUGUUGUGGGUUAAGUAACACUU